UCAGGAAGCAAAGGGCAAUAAGGUGAUAAAGUGGCUGAGGAAGGUGAGGAGCAUCAAGGUGAACAUGUGAAUAACAAAUACAACAUGAAGAAAUUAAGCACGUGUUGUUUUACGCUCACUGGUUCCUGACUUUUCGGACACGUUCUUAUAAUAUCAAAUAAAAGAUUGACAUGCCUACAAGUACAAACAAAUGUAAGAAGAAAUAAUAAUAAUAUUGUGGAAAUAGAGGGUUGCUAGCUACUCCAUCAGUCUGUAUUGUUAGUGUGUAGAAACUUGUAUUUAUACAAAUGUAUGAUUACUGUGAGUCUACAUUUGUUUGUUUUGUGUGCGUGUGUGUACUAUGUGCACACUGAGCACUUCCGCCCCUGACCGCCAGAGGGCGCAUGUCAGGCUUUUCCGCUUCUCCACUCCGAUCAAUCAAAGCAAUAGAAAACCAGGAGCGAGCUUUAGUGCUGGUGGAGGAAAGAGAGAGAAAACAAAAAACAAAACAAACAAACUCAACACGGGCUUUCCGAACGACUUUGAACUCGUAUAAGUCGUGUGUAUUUGUGAUUAAGUGGUAAGAGAGAGGAGAUGGAAGAGCAGAGGAGGACUGGGGUUUGGGGGUAGUUCGGCUUUUGCGCGUUGGAAGGUUUCCUGGCAACUCCCGGGGAAGAAAGGAAGAAAGAAAAGGAAAAGUCGGGUGUUGGUUUUUUUUCCCAGGAGGAGAAGGAAAAGCAGCCCUGGGUGUUGGAGGGGCACUGAUGCCCACCGUGUCCUCUCUCUCCCCGGCUCUCUGCCAUGGGGGAAACUAAAGUGAUCUACCAUCUGGACGAACAGGAGACUCCUUACCUGGUGAAGAUCUCCGUCCCAGCUCACUCGGUCACCCUCUCCGACCUGAAAAAUGCCCUCAAAAAACCCAACUACAAGUUUUUCUUCAAGUCCAUGGACGACGACUUUGGGGUGGUCAAGGAGGAAAUCACGGAUGACAACGCCAAACUGCCCUGUUACAACGGCCGUGUGGUGUGCUGGCUGGUGUCCGCUGAUGGUUCGCACUCGGACGGCUGCUCGGUGGCAGAGAGUCAGUCGGAGCGUCUGCCGUCAGGGGAGAGAUCUCAGGGCAUCGGUGACUCCAGACCGCCAUCGUUUCAUCCUAAAGCUGCAGGCAGCCGACACGGUGUGGACGAUGAGACGGAGACAGAUUCGGUGGUUUCGCACAGGAGGGAAAGAGACAGGCCACGCCGGAAACACUCGCAUGAUCAUUCAGGUGCGAGGAUGAACGGUUACUCCCGUGUGGGCAGAGGGAUGGAGCUCGGAGGCUACGACGUCUGUGACAGUCGCUCUUCCCUCAUGAGCAGUGAGCUGGAGUCAAGCAGCUGCUUUGACUCUGAUGACGACGGAUCCACCAGCCGUUUCAGCAGCGUGACUGAACAGAGUGGCUCGUCGCGCAUGAUGAGACGACACCGGCGCCGGAGACGGAAACCUAAACCCCAUCACAUGGAGAGGUCGUCAUCUUUCAGCAGCAUCACCGACUCCACCAUGUCCCUGAAUAUCAUCACAGUCACGUUAAACAUGGAAAAGUAUAACUUCCUGGGCAUCAGCAUCGUGGGUCAGAGUAACGAGCGAGGCGACGGUGGCAUCUACAUCGGCUCCAUCAUGAAGGGCGGAGCUGUAGCAGCUGACGGUCGGAUAGAGCCCGGUGACAUGCUGCUGCAGGUGAACGAUAUAAACUUUGAGAACAUGUGCAAUGACGAUGCGGUGAGGGUGCUGAGGGACAUCGUGCAUAAACCUGGGCCUGUCUCUCUGACAGUGGCCAAGUGCUGGGAUCCAAACCCUAACAACUGCUUCACUCCCAGGAGCGAGCCGAUUCGUCCGAUCGACCCUGCAGCCUGGGUGUCUCACACGGCAGCCAUGACUGGGAUCUACCCUCCCUACGGCAUGAGCCCCUCUAUGAGCACGGUGACCUCCACCAGCUCCUCCAUCUCCAGCUCCAUCCCCGAGACAGAGCGGUUUGAUGACUACCACCUGUCAGUCCAUAGCGACAUGGCAACUGUUGCCAAGGCGAUGGCCUGUCCUGACUCAGGGUUAGAGGUUCGAGACAGGAUGUGGCUGAAGAUCACUAUAGCCAACGCCUUCAUCGGUUCAGAUGUGGUCGACUGGCUCUUCCAUCACGUUGAGGGUUUUGCAGACAGAAGGGAAGCUCGGAAAUACGCCAGUAACCUUCUGAAGGCCGGCUUCAUCCGCCAUACCGUCAACAAGAUCACCUUCUCUGAGCAGUGCUACUACGUGUUCGGGGAUUUAUCCGGCAAUAUGGCGCACUUGUCCCUGCAGGAGCAUGACGGUUCAAGCGGAGCGUCCGAUCAGGACACGCUCGCUCCUCUGCUCCACCCGGCCGAGGCUCCGUGGCCCAGUUUCCCCUAUCAGUACCCACCCUCUCUGCACGACGCACCUCACCAUCAUGCCGAGCCGGGCGGAGGGAGCGCCGGGAGCCAUCACAGCGAGGGAAGCAGCAGUUCGAACUGCAGCUGGAGCAGGACUGAGGGAAAGACGACGACGACAGCAGUGGCAGCGGUGUUGGGGAUGAACGACGUAGCCGAUGCCCCGGAGUUCGACUUGCGUAGGGAGCGAGCGCCGAGCGAGGGAAGCAUCCGCAGCUCACGCUCUUACUCACACACUCAUUCCUACAGCGGCGUGUCCGGGCCACGUCACCUCGCCCAUGUGCCCUCUGAACUCUCGGGCUCGCGCCGCUCCUGCCUCACCACCAACGGAGAGCUGUUCGUCGACAUCAUGUGAUCAUGUGACCACACCUGGAUUGCAAACUACAUUAAGACCAUGUUUUUUUUUGUUUGUUUGUUUAAGACUUUCAUUUAAAAUAACAGUAGAGUAUCAACUGUAACACGUAGCCCUAAAACGUGAAAACUAUGAUCAUUUUUUUUAAAUUAAAAUGAAUGGAGAUAACAGUAGAAUACAAAACCCAUCUUUUUUUAUACACAUAGGGAGUAGGCACGUGCCGAUAAUCACUUGUACGAUAUAUCAUGAUGAUGAAAUUUCUAAAUAUCGCCACUCUUUUGUGUUUUAUGCGAGUGCCUAAAUAUGCAGGGUUUCCAGAUGUCUUUUGAGAAAUUUCAGUCCAUGUGAGCGGUAUUAUUUGAGCAAAACAGAGUAGUUUUUUUAACAACAAACAAUACAUUAUCAUGAUAAUAUCGUAAACAUGCUUUAUAGGUAGUGUGUUUUCAAUUAAUUUUAACUCUCAGUAAAGGAAUAAAACAGACCUUUAAAGCGUAUUGUUAAUUUUUGAAUGAGAUUUAGAGAUGUGAUUUGACUGCGAUGGUUAAAUAAAUGUCCUCUAAUUAGGCAUCUGUCGAUAAUCAAUCAAGUUAUUUGAUAGGGACUUUAAAAUCUGGUCAGUGAGAGACCGAAUUACAUCCCUUAUCCAGAAAUCAUGUACAAAAUGUUCAAAACCAAAUUUACCUGCAAUGAAGCCGCACAUCUAAAUCAUCAGUAGCACCGUGUGUGUAUACACAACUUCAGAAAAUAGCAGAAUAUAUCAGUAUUAAAAAUCCAAACCACUCUAGGCCACACCCCCAACCUGCACAAUGUUAAACUGGUAGCUAUAUGUGCUGUUAAACUGUUGGAUACAUAAGCCUUGUAAUUUAGAGGGUAAACGGUAUAUUUUCAUUCAAAUUAGAGAACAUUGGUGGACAUAAUCGUAAGUCAAGUCAUUAAAAGAAAAGUUAGUAUGUGUUGUAAUUUUUUGGAAACAAGUGCAGAUUUAACACUGGUUAUUAUCAUCAUCAUUAGGGGUCCAAACACCACAAGUGCAUCGUGAUGAUCAUCAGCACAUGCCUACUCAUGAUUUCACCUGGUUGUAGUGUGUUUUUGGAAGGUUUUUAACUUUUCUUUUUUAUACAUACAUCAGUAGAGUUUCUCCUCCAGAUAUUUCACUUGCAAAGCCAGGAAUAUAUUUUUCACGGUUUGUCAGCAUUCAUGUGCCGGGAGAUUUUCUUUUUUGGGGGGGCAGGGGGGAUUCACAGCAGAGUUGUUGCUUUUAUUUAUGAAUAUAGUUUUAUUACACCGGUGUGUCUGUGUGUGCAUUCAAGAGAGAGAUCCAGCUAUUGAGGACUUUCUAAAGAUCUGUAGAAUGAUAGCAAGUCUAUGUUACGCCCUACUGCAGGUGCAUGAGCAUCUCGGCUGUGUUCUCAUUGCCUAGUAGGAAAGGUGGGGUGCUUCUUUUCUUCACGCAGUGUAAAUGUUCUCGAAGCGUGGCGAGAUGUUUUUUUGGAGUGGGGGGGUUGGGUGGGUGCUGUAU